AUGGCCUUUCCUGAAGUUGAGCAAUUGCAGCAAGCUCGUAGGCUUGCUAUGGAGAAUAAUCCUAAUGAAUUGUUACCGAAAGUUCUAGAGACUUCAGGUUCACUUUACUUGUCACAGGGAACUUCUUAUGCAUUAAAACUUGAAUUAUCAAGAUUCUUUUCACAGCUGCUUCUACAGAUUCUUUCAGAUUGUGAUUUUCCCACUAGUGAGAAACCAUUUGUAGCUCAACAACAAUUACGGUGUCUUUGGUCGAUUAUUAGAUCAAUUAGGGAUGGAACUGCUUACAAGUAUUCGGUUUUAUCGUUAUCAGCUGCAUACCCACUCUUAUUUGAUCUAGUUGCCAAAACGUCUAACAAGGAGACUUGGGAAUUAAUGCAACAGAUGAAAUCUUUUAUAGUACAACGUUGGAAUACUCCAUUCCCCGAGACACCAAUUGCCAAUGAAAAUGAUAUGUUUGCAGAUGAUGCCAAAAGCAUGGGGGUUAGAUUAGCUACAGCAAAAUUUAUUGCAGAAAUUGUCAUUGUUCAUACUUCAAGAUCGAGCAGUAGUCCGAAUGACGUUAUUAGCAUUUCAUCAGUGCCGGAGGGACAUCCUGUGAUUUCAAACAAACAACAAAUCGAAUCUGAAGCUAAAAAAUUUUUAGACGUUUUACUCAAUUAUCUGGUUGAAGAACCAAUAAUGGUCGCACCACUCUUCUCUGGUAUACUAAAUUGUCUUGCGUUUGUCAUGCGUCAUAGACCGCAAGCAACGAUGAGAAUACUGGGGGCACUUUUAAAUUUUAAUGUCGAUGCAAAAUUCCAACAAGAAGGCACAUCGAUAUUGAAUUAUCGAUUAAGUAAAAGAUUUGUGGAGCGCUCUUAUAAAAAUUUCGUUCAGUUUGGUCUUAAAUCUCAAUUAAUUAAAAAUCAUGGUAGCAUGGCACCGUUACAUGCAAGAUUAUCCAAAAUUUCAAAGACUUUACAUGUAAUUGGCGAAGAAACUCGAAGUAAAGGUGUAUUAAACUUUGAUGAAUCUCAAUUCGAUAAUAAAAUGACACCCAAGGACAAACAGAAAUAUACUUCACUGAGAAAACGUCAACAGCGGCAACUACAGUCACAACCACAACCACCAACACAACAGCAACUACCACAACAAAUACAGCCACAGAGAGGUAGUGCCAGUAACUCACCAGCUCCUAAUUCGACCCCACAACUAGUUCAGGAAGCGCUUCAACAGCAACCUGAACAGGUGCCUAAUGAUAUACAGCUCUUGUCACAUUUGCAAAAAUACACAAUGUCGAAAAAUACUCCCAAUUUCUUCAACGGAUCACCGAUAGCCAUCGAUAAUUCUUAUUGUGCUAUCUACUCCUUGAUGAAUAGUAACAAUUCAGGUCAAGAUGUUUCCAAAUUAUCACAAGAAGUCAUGGUCAAACUAUGCAGUGAAGCAUUUUACAAUACAGAUACAACGAAAUUAAUUUCAGGUCUAUCAAUUGUAGCAUCUCGGUACACAGAUCUAAUCAAUAAAUCAACACAAUCGAGAACAGGCGUCGAACAGAGCUCUGACGCAAGCGGCAGCCGUAAGCGUAAAUCCGAACAAGAUUCACCACCUAGUAAACGUUUGAAAAAUGAAGAGCCCCACGAUCAAGAUGAUGAAGACCGCGAAGAUGCUAUCCCAUUGGAAUUGACACAAUCUGCUUCUCUUACGGAAGAUGAGAAGAUGCGCCACGUACAGGGAAUUGUCCAAAGAAUUGUUGCCAUCAAGGACUCUGACGAAAAUCCGGGUGUGGCAGGCAUGCUGGGUCACGAUACUGAUCCAUUGAUGAAGAUCAAACUGCUCCAAUGGAACCAAAAUUCUUGGUUACAUCUUUUAACGAGGUUGGCAACUCGUGGAUUAACUCACAAUCCUGCUAUGUGUGAUUUGAUAAGAGAAUGGUUACAGGAACAGUUUCUACAAGACAUUUCAAACCGUAUAGGAAUGGUCCUCGAAUGGCUAAGUGAAGAAUGGUAUGCAGAGACUCUCGUUGGUGCUACUUCCUACGAAACUUACAACAAAUGGUCCCUAAGCGUCCUCAAUUCCUUAGUACCAUUCUUAGAGAACCAGCACCGUCGUCUUUUCAUAAGAUUGAUGAGUGAACUCCCCAGAAUCACACAAGCACAUAUCGAUACAGUUAGGCCGAUAUGCUUAGAUCCAGCAAGAGCUUCACUAGGUUUCCAAACUUUAAAAUUUCUAGUAAUGUUCCGUCCGCCGGUUAAGCCAAAAGUACACUCAUUAUUGCUACAACUAAAGAGUGAAGACCCCACAACUUCUCAAAAUGUCGAUAGCAUCAUAAGCAAAUUCUAUACUUAA